AUGAUCGACGCCAUCAUUAAAGACGAGCGACCCAAGGACGCAUUCACGUGUCCAGUGGAGGGCUGUGACAAGAUUCUGAAGACGGCAGACACGUUCAAGAAGCACGCGCGCUCCCACCGGCGGCGACAGCACGUGUGCGGCCACUGCGACCGCGGCUUCGCUAAGCGCCAGCAUCUCAAAAUCCACCAGCACGAGCAUACGGGCAUCAAGCCAUUCAGGUGCUCCAGAGAGGGCUGCCACCGCGAAUUCCUGCUGCCCAGCAAGCUGAAGGCGCACGAGCGCCAGCACGACAAGUACCGCUGUCCCAGCGACGGCUGCGGCGCCCAGCUGGACAGCUGGAAGCAGCUGCUGCAGCACCGACGCCAGCUGCACAGCGCGCCGCGGGAGCACAAGUGCCCGACGUGUGCGCACACGUUUUUGAGCCGAGCCGCGCUGAAGGUGCACAGACGGGUACACGGCGAGACCAGGGACAUCUUCCACUGCCCAUACGAGGACUGUCCCAGGUAUUACUAUUUCAAGAGGAACCUCAUCAGUCAUACCCGAUCAUCACAUGAAGGAAAGGGCUUUAUCUGCUCUGUGGAGACCUGCAAGAAGAAGCUAUCCACCCAACAAAAACUAAGCCAGCACAUGCGUCUGCACGAUGGGAGCCAGCCGGCGCCGCGACCGCGACGGAAGCAGAGGCCUCGCCGCGACCGGGGCGUGCGGCGCGGGCCACAGGGCUCGCUCUUCUCCCACCUGACGGGCGAGCCGGUGCCCAGCGGCGUCGAGGCUGAGGCCGCACCCGCGCCCACCUCCACCGCGCCACUGGAGCCGGCCGAGGUGGAGCGGGUGGUGGCGGAGACGGAGCGGCUGGCCUGGCGGUGUCACGCGCCCAGCAGAAAGCGGCCGCGCCUCGCCCAGCUCGAGGACUCGGUCGGCGGCGGCUGGGUCGAGCACCUCGUGCGCUCCUGCUCCGAGACCGAGUCCCACAGCGACGAGGCGUCCCACCUGUGAUGUCCUGCUGGAGUACCGAGGCCCACAGCGACGAGGCGCCCCACCUGUGACGUCCUGCUACGCUCCUGCUGGGGCACCGAGGCCCACAGCGACGAGGCGCCCCACCUAUAACGUCCAGCCACGCUGCUGCUGUGAGAUCGAGGCCCGCAGCGACACUCCGCAGCCCACUUAUGCGGAUUACAGCCCAACCCUGUCAAUUACUCCGGAAUCCAUUAACCCCACGGAUCCACGUAUUUUACAAUUUUUGAGUUCGUUCCGGACCAGUACAUUAAAAAGUGUUUCUAAGAACGAGUCUUAUGAGUUCAUCGCACAUCGUCUAUUUAUUGCAAAAUGUCGACUUAUACUACAUUUAGCUGCUUCAGGACAUGUUCGACUUUUCAAUCCGUCGAUUCGUUAGAGACAACUCGUAUUGGUCAGUUUGUGAGUCCAGUCCAGUCAUAGCUUAUUGUUUUCCGAUCCGGAACAUUCUAUAUAUUAACGAUAAACCAUGAAUGCGUAACCGGCGAGGAGCGCCUACGUCCUGUUCCACGUGCUGAUUUUUUCUUACAAAGUUGUGGCCUGUGGUGGUCCCAACAAUAUCCCGAUGACCUGUGUGAACCGAAUGUGCACGGGUCGUCCUCAGGUGUGUAAUGUCGCAUCCUUCUGCGUCUACACUGCUGGCCAGUGGCGCGUCCCCGCCUCGCGGGGGCCCGGUCCUUUCCCCACCGGCCAGGGUUUGACAUCGCUGCUGUCGCUGCAUGGACGGGGUGCUCUGUAGUCAUUUUUGUUGGAGCCACUAGCUAGUUUAUGUAAUGUCUAAGGCGUCGCCCCGCGUUGUCUGUUGAUCUAGAGCCGCAGAGAUUUAUCACCCGUCAGAGGGGACCCCCGCCCGUGCGGGACGUGUAUGGUAUGGUGCAGUCGCUUGACCUAGUCCCGUUCAGAGACCCGUUCGCCUUCCCACAUGCGAGAUGGGUUGUCGUGGGGAGAACUGUUCUGGGGCACAAUACCGGUAGCAGAAAAAUAUUGUGUUGUGGUGUGAAGCCACACACGGACUAAUUUGUUUGAACCAUACUAACUAUGAGCGACGUGCCAAAAGAAACCAUUUGUUUCGUUGUGAUGGAGAUAGCGACGAACCCAAUACACAUGUGCAUUAACCA